CAUCUCCAGCGUAUCACUCCUAGCUUUCCGCUCACUCAGCACAUAGGGCUUAGUUCAAGAGCCUGACAUAUAUCGAAAGCUGGUCCCCAGCCUCAUCGGAAGUGGUCGUGGUCGACGACCUUUGGCUUCAAACAGACCAGUGUCGCCCAAGGUGACUCCAUCUCACCGUCCCAACAGCCAUUCUUCCACACCGACACAGGAGAACCUCAUUGAGUGUUGGGCGGAGUCUCUCCGGGCAGACAACCGCAGCUAACUGCUGUAGCGGUCGCACCAACAUAGCUUCUCAAGCACAUCAAUCUUCUUUGCCUAGCUGGCCGUAAUCGUGCUUACAUUUGCACCUUCGCUCGGAACCGCUCGAAGAAAAAUUGCAAAGCAUAAUCGAAGGAUUCGUGUACGGGCCAAUCAAUACCAUAUCCGUCGGGGAUACGCAUAUUACAACUGUCGGUCGCCUGUCGUUCAACAUCUCCACCGUCAGCAGCACCCAGAGCCCAGAACACUCCAGCCGAACACCUCUCAGUCGCGGAGAAACUUCCAGUACCCUGAUUUUGCACGCGAGUUGUGGAGAGCUCGACUCAGCAGCCACAUGGGCCCGUUGGUCACCGCACGGCCAAACCAGUAGCAGCAUUGCCGAAAAGAAACGGUCACCAUGGCUCCCACUACCACACGUCCCUUGUCUCCGUCGUCAUUCCUUGCUCAAGGGGCAUUCGAUUCCCGGAGGGCACGGUUUUCGGACCUCUCCGCCGCAGCACGCGUGUGCUCUCUUGCUUUUGACGACGAUGUACUCUUCGGCCGCCUGAUCCAUCCUUACCGGAAGUCGUACCCUGGCGAUGUCGACAAGUAUUGGUAUCGCCGGUUCGUCGUCGACUGGUGGGACCCCAGCCAUGUUUUCCUUGUGACAACAGUACCUGCUGAAGAUGGACGGGGAGAAAUCGUGACCGGAGUAGCCCAUUGGAGCCGUAUGGCUCCUAGCUGGAGGGAGAACUAUGAGGCUGGUUGGGGUUACGCCUGGUGGGAUCCGAGACGUUUACUUCGACCCAUAACGCAGUUGGUAAUGGGACUUGUUGCAUGGCUCUCGCCCAAUCGCGCGGCGUCACCGACGGAUGAGAACAUCAUCGAACGCUCCUACAACUAUCUCGACCACAUCUGGACAGGCCCACGCUCCGAGUGCUGGUAUCUCGAAUGCUUGGCCGUCCACCCCAAGUAUCAGAACCAAGGGCAGGGCCGUGCACUUGUCACGCUGUGUAUGUGGCAAGCACAAAGGGAAGGCGUCGCCUGCAGCGUCAUCGCCGCAGAUGGCAAAGAGAGAUUCUACCAGGCCUGCGGGUUUGACGUCGGACCUGUCGGCCGUUCUGGCGAAGGGGAAGGCAAUCCCCUGAGAGAAGUGCCUGGCGGCUUGGUGUUCUUCAAGGACAAGGAAGGUGUGGUCGUCCCAGAUAGAGAGCCGGGAUCGUGGACGUAUGGGCACGGGGUGUUCGACUGGGAUGAGUGGAAGAUGAGAGUGGAAUCCAAGAAGAGUACUGAUGGUUAGAACUACAGGUAACCCCGUUCUUGACGUUUGGGAUCAAGUUGUCGCCGGCAGUCAUCUUCAUCGUGUCUAUCCACGACCAAGGUUCCCACGGGCGACCAUCCUUCAUCAGUUGUUCUUGUUUGUCUGUCCGCCGUCUGAUGCUCCUGUCCUGACUUCCCUUUUCAACUUGAUCGAUUGCCAAUUUCACU